AAGAUGGCGGCGGGCGCCGCUGCCCUCAAUUGGAGGCGGGUGUCUUCCUUCACGGGGCCAGUGCCCCGAUCCCGGCAUGGGCAUCGCGCCGUGGCGAUCCGAGAUAUGAUCAUUAUUUUCGGGGGCGGCAACGAGGGCAUCGCUGAUGAGCUGCAUGUGUACAACACCGCUACAAAUCAAUGGUUUCUUCCUGCUGUUCGAGGAGAUAUUCCACCUGGCUGUGCGGCUCAUGGAUUUGUCUGUGAUGGUAGCAGAAUACUAGUAUUUGGGGGAAUGGUCGAAUAUGGAAGAUACAGUAAUGAUUUGUAUGAAUUACAGGCAAGUCGGUGGCUGUGGAAGAAAAUGAAACCCCAGCAUCCGUCAACAGGGCUCCCACCUUGCCCUCGCCUUGGCCACAGCUUUUCUUUGUACGGAAACAAGUGCUACUUAUUUGGUGGAUUGGCAAAUGAGAGUGAAGACUCAAAUAAUAACAUUCCCAGAUAUUUAAAUGAUUUCUAUGAACUGGAGCUACAACAUGGCUCAGGAGUCAUAGGCUGGAGCAUUCCAGUGACCAAGGGCAUUCUGCCUUCUCCACGAGAAUCUCACACAGCCGUCAUAUACUGUAGAAAAGACUCUGGAAAAGCAAAAAUGUUUGUUUUUGGAGGGAUGUCUGGCUGUCGGCUUAAUGAUCUUUGGGAACUUGACAUAGAAACAAUGACUUGGUCGAAACCAGAAACUAAAGGAACAGUGCCACUUCCCCGUAGUCUCCAUACAGCCAGUGUAAUAGGAAACAAAAUGUACAUUUUUGGUGGAUGGGUCCCACAGAACACAGAUGAUAACCUGGCUUCUCAAGAUGGAGAAUGGAAAUGUACUGGCUCGUUUUCUUAUCUAAACUUAGAUACUAUAGAAUGGGUAAAUCUAAUCUCAGAUGUCCAAGAAGAUAAAGAUAACUCUCUGCCAGGCCCAAGAGCUGGCCACUGUGCCGUAUUAGUUGGUGCUCGCUUGUAUAUAUGGAGUGGCAGAGAUGGCUACCGAAAAGCCUGGAACAAUCAAGUUUGCUGCAAAGAUCUUUGGUAUUUAGAUACCGAGAAACCAACAGCACCAUCACAGGUCCAGCUGAUCAGAGCAACUACUAAUUCAUUUCAAGUUAAAUGGGAUGAAGUUCCAACUGUAGAAGGGUAUCUUCUUCAAUUAAGUUUGGAUUUGCCAUCACCUGUUCUGGCUGAAAUACCUGUUACUGUGCAACCUGAGGCACCAUCACCAAGUGUGCAAGGAAUCAAGCUGGAUCUUCACAACCAAACUCUCAGUAAAGUCCCAAACAAUGUGCAAAUUUCCAUUUCGGAAACUAAAGGAAAGGAAUCUGAAAAUGCAAGGAAAACCCAUUCUGUUUCCAAAGAGUCCAGUGCUCCUUCAUGUUCGCCUGUUAGCACUUUAGGCCUACAGAGCUCAGCAAAUCUAAAUGAAUUACUUGACUUCAAUACUAGAACAUCAAAACUAGACAAAUCAGUAUCUGGUAUGGUCUCUGUCACUCAGAACACCCAGCAAGCUGGUAAAGCCGAGUCCUCAAAUGCAAAUGGGGCAGCUGUGAAAGAUGAAACUUCAUUAAUGACAGGCCAUUCAAAACCGGAAGUCAAAGAGUCCAUCCGAGUCAAUUCCUGUAGCCCACAUGAUUCAGCUAUAAAACUGCCUAAAGCCUCAUUACCACGACAGAACACAAGAGUGAGAACACAAGAACGAAGGUGGUAUGAUGUUGGCAUUUUUCAAAGCAACAGUGCUCUGGUGAACCAGUUCUAUUUGUUGCCUGAGGAAAAGGCCAUCAUUUCCAGCAAGGUAGACAAUGCGGACAUUCCAAACAACAGUAUACUUAAGAAACAGGAUCUUGCUCCUGGCACUUUAUACAGGUUUAGAGUUGCUGCAAUAAAUGGCUGUGGUGUAGGACCAUUCAGUAAAAUCAGCGAAUUUAAGACCUGCAUCCCUGGGUUUCCUGGAGCACCUUCCAUUGUCAAAAUUAGCAAGAGUGCUGAUUGUAUCCACCUUUCAUGGGAGCCUCCCAUUUCACCUUCGGGAAACAUAUUGGAAUACUCCGCCUAUUUGGCAAUUAAAACCACCCAACUCCACGAGAAUCCUAAUCAGCUUAUGUUUAUGAAAAUCUAUUGUGGCCUUAAGACUUCAUGCACAGUGACUGCUGCCCAGCUUGCAAAUGCUCAUGUUGAUCACACGUCCAAACCUGCCAUAGUGUUCAGGAUCUCAGCCAAGAACGAGAGGGGGUAUGGACCAGCCACGCAAGUUCGAUGGCUCCAAGAAAUGAAAACGUCAAGUUCAAAAUAGAAACAGCAUAAUGUACAGCAAGCGGUGGAGUGGCUGUUAACAUUGAUUAUAGUUUGUAAAUCUUCCAGAUAUUAAUUUUGCAAUGUUUCAACUUCAUAGUGUCAAUGCUAUACAUUCUUGCAGAAUUGGGCCCAAGGUGCCGGUAGUUCUCAUACACCUUUAUCAAGUAUGGUCAUUUUAAAGGCCCUGGCUAAUAUCUAGCGGGUUUUGUAUGUAUAUGAGUGUUCGGAGAGCCUUCCUUCCAGUAGCUCCCAACAUGUACAACCCUAAUCACAUUUGCUUCCAAUACACAGGGAGGGGCCAUAGCUCAAUGGCAGAGCACAUGCUUUGCUUGUAAACAGGCCCAGUUUCAGCCUCUCCUGUCUUCGGUUAGAACUGAGAAAAACAGCCUGCUUGCAGCCCUGAAGAGCUGCUGCUGCUUCAGAGCAGAAUCACAGAACCCCAUAAUUACAACGUUAGAAGAGAUUCCAAGAGUCAUCUGUGGAUCCAUUCAUCUUAUGGGUACAGGAAAUACUGAGCUUAAGCAACGGUUUGACUUCGUAUAAUGCUUCCUCUGUUCCUAGAUGUAGAUACUCAGUUGUACUUCAAAUUUCACAAAGUUUUAAAAGCUUGUGAUUUGGCGUAAGACUAUGUAAAGAAUUUGGGUGGUAGGAAUUAGACACAUAAGCCUGUUUAGAUGUUCUCCUUAAACUGUUGUCAAGGCAAACGCAGAAGUUCAAAAUAUAGUUGGAAUAAUCUGGGGAUCUGUUGAAAGGAAGAGUUCCCCAAAACAUUGGUUAUUUGCACACCCCAGUGGACAGUGGUCCAUGGAACUAUUAAAAAACAAGUUGCUUGAAUACAAUAGCAAAUGCAUAGCACGGGAAAUUCCGAAAGGAAACUAUUUGAUUCCAGACAUCACAGCAAUUGCCUUUGAGUAAUUCAUGUUGGUUGAUCUAGUUGGAAUUUCCAGUUGUAACUAUUUCAUGACGAUGUGAUUUUUCUCCUCUUUCUUCUAGCUCAUUAUGGUGGUAGAGGUGUGCUUCCAAUAUACAGUUUAUCUGUAUUCACAGUUGUGAAUUCCAAACUAUCCAUACCAGACAACUGGAAAACACAGGAGGAAUUUUAUGUGUAUAAGCUAUGUAUUUGUAGAUCUGACAGGGUAUGCUCCAAAAUCCUUAGGAGUUUGCUUGUUUCCUAGAAAGUCACACGUCUGAUCCCUCUUUUGUUUUCAAAUUUGCUGGUGAGAGUGACUUGGAAGGGAUUGAAUACCAUCCUCUACUUGUGGCUACAAUCUUAUAUGCUCUGAUCUGAGAGUAAGUCACACAACUCAGUGGGGAUUAUUUCUGAGUAAACAUGGUUAGGAUUGCACAACUAAGGUCUCUCUGGUUUCAUGUUCUCAGUUUCUAAUGGAGAUAAGGCUAAAAUGAUGCUAGAGAGCAAAGGUCUUCCAACAAACUAGACAGUGGGACAUCACAUACCAAUAGGUGCAACCUUGGGGACUUAUAACCUAUACUGAAUGCAAUCUGAAAGAUACAAGAGAUCAAAAAUAGGCAGAGGUUACUCAGCCCCAUUAGACUGGUUCUCUUCUAGCUUAAAUGUCAUAGUCAUGUCAUUUUAAUGUAAGGCAAAUAUUUUAGUUUACAGUAACUUGAAAUGUAUAGAAUAUUUUAAUAUAUUCAUUUUUGUAAAGAUUUUUCUAGUAUUUGUAAACACAUAUUAUAAUCUUUGAAAGUGUCCUGAUAUGCAAGUUGCUGAACUAGUCACUUAUGUUAUGAAAAGCAAAGUCAGUGUAAAUGCACUACUGUUAGUUUCUCACGGGCAUAGAAAUGCUAAAUCUGUAGAUAUUUGAAUGUUUACAAGAGUCUUUACACGUUAAAGUCCUUCAUAAUGAAUGCUUCAUUUUUUUAAAAAAAAGAAAAGCAUAUGCUUUGUUUUGGCAUAUUCAUGCAAUUUUGCACUAAUAAGAUUUAACUCUGUAACAUUUUUAUGUUGCUUCCAGCAAUUUUCUUUAUUGGUCUAAAGUUAAAGCAAAUUUGCACAUAUUUGCACGUUUCUGUGGCAUACAUUUUUAAUUUUUUUUUCCAGGGGCUUGUUUUUUUGUUUAGCCUUUUCUCAUAUCCUGAAAGUGGUGUUCAAUAUUCUUUUUAUCUCAAUCAUUUUAUCACUAAUGUGCCAGCUGCUCCAAGCCUCUUUACAUUUUUCCUGCAAGGGUGGAGGGAGAAAACUGCAUGCACCCCAAAAUAAACACCUCAACACUGCUCACAAAUGAUAGAGUAAAUCUUUAUCCUACACCCUCUGUAGCAAAAAUGUUGCAUGUGAAGCAGCUUAUAUCUAGGAACAUUAAUCUGUUCCUAAACACACAAGUGUAUUAAAUAUGGGCAUUUGGAUGCCUCUGUAGAUUGUUUACCAAAUUAUAGCAUAAAAUGGCAAAUUAUACCAGUGUAUUAGGUUGAUAUUGCCAAAGGACAGUCCAACAGGAAUAUAUUUUCAUAAAUAAUUGCACUCUUUACAUUCAUCUGAAUAGGCUUUGUGCAGGUUCCUGAGGACUAUACCCUUUGGUAUCUAAAUAAGAUUUUUUUUUACAAAUGUCCUUAUUUUCAAACCUGGUUAGAUGCUUAUGUGCAAUAAAGAGAAUAUUUUGCACUUCAUUUUUCCAUCAAUGCCUAAUAAAUUACGAUGGGAAUUACUUUAUCUACCAGAUCAGUUUUAAAGUGGGUUAUGGUAAUACUAGUAUGUUACAAUCAUUACUUCUUCAUACUUGUAGAAGGUCUUUGAGGAAGUCCACUUGUCCCAUUUUACAGAUGUAGAAACUUAUGCCGAGAGAGUGAUUUGCCCAAAAUCACACAGUGAGUCACGGUGUGUGUAGGAUGUGAAUGCAAAUCCUCCAGUGUCUUCCCCAGCACUGAUUAAUUUAUACACUAAGGAAAUUUUGUCAAAUGACAAAGAUAUUUAGUAUACCAGAAAACACAGUGUAUGACCAUUCCUUUUAAAAAGUAGAAUACCCACUUUACAGUGGUUAUAUUGAUGCAGCUUUAAAUACUGCAGCACAAUCUGUAAUGUCAUGGCAAAAACUGAAAACAUUUUUGAAGCCUUCUUGAAUUGAUGGUAAAUUAAGUAGCACUUUCUGUUGGCUGCUCCCUACAUUUUCUGCACGACAGUGGGAUAACAAUGGAUUCACCUGUGACUGGCCGAAUGUUGCAUGUUAAGCUGAAAAUGCCAAUUCUCAUUACUGCACAUACAGUUCAGUGGAUUAUACAUCUGGUUCCUCAAGAAUGUUUCACAUAUUAACUUCUCCCGAGAUGAACUUUCAGAAUCCUGUUGGAAAAAGUGUGUAUUUGUGUAUUGUUUGGAAAUUCAUGAUACACACACACUGAUUGAACCUGGUGGAUAUUAUGUUGAUCUUGAUUAUGUCUCCUAGUGUGUUUGUGUAACACCCCAUAAGAAGUAUGUGAAGGAACCGUAAGAUUUUGAUUGCUUUCAAUAAUUAAAAUCGAUCAAAUUCCAGAGAAUACAGGAUACCUUUGAUUAGCCUUCCCCAAAGGCCUUGCUGGCAGGGGACCAAGGUUGCAAUUUAGCACUUCGGGAGAGUGCCCCACUGAGAAAGGCUGCCUUUGAUUGUUUUAAUUAGAACAGUGAAUUUUGGUGCAGUUUCAGAAAACCUCGACGUAACGUCCAAGAUGUACAAUGGCUUUCCUCAGGAGGUACAUCUGCCAGCAAUGUGUCAUUUCUUCCCUGGCUUGUCAUAUACAAGCACUGUGCUUCCCUCCACCACGGUCACUUCUCACACUACUUCCAACUCUGGAUGGGUUCCAGAAUUGCCAGUGACCAUGGGUUUGAAAAAAAUACCUUUGCAUGUUCAGGGGAGACUGCAAAUACGUAGGAGGUUUGGAUGUUUUUAAGUUAGGGAGGCAUGCUGUGGCAGAAUAGAAUUUUGUUGUAUAGCUACUUCGCUUCUAAUAACUUUUGAGUGUAGAUCCGUUAAUAAUAUGACCUGUCCAGUAUAUCUGUGAGUAUUUUUGCACUUUUGAGUUCAUAUAUUUAUGCACUUGUUUUUCAAAAGUAUGUCAUGACUACCAAAGGUAAAUUUGUGGUUGUGUUAAUCCAGACAUGAUUUUCAGUGUAAGUGUGGUAAAGCCAGUAGGCUAUUUUAUAAUUUGUUACAUAUUUACUAUUUCCCUCUGUAAAUUCACCAAAUUAGUAACAUGCAGAAGAGUUCUUCCUGUAGUUCCUUGCCCGUUACGUUGUUUCAACUGUUUCUGUGGCCUGCUUCACUCAAUAGCACCUAAAAUGUGUAAAACCCAUAUAAAAUGCAUUUUGAUAAUAUUUUGUUAGUAACUGAUUAGUAGUUGUGGAUAUUUCAGCCACUAUACAUUCAAUUAAAAUAUAAAUUGAAUCAGGCCGUCUGAGAACCUAGUGGAUGCUCUUUGUUUGCCUUUGUAAACUAUACAUGUAACAUCUUGUACAGAUAUGAAUCAAUCCUGUAGCAAUUUCAAGGAAUAAUACAUUUUGUAUGAAAAUUAUAAAUAGACUCUUCUAUGGUGUUUAUGACAUACAGACUAUAAUCCUGUUGCUCAGUGUAGUAAGUUGCACAUAGAGUAGGCCCACUGAACAAAGAGAACUUGCAGAGUUUAGUAAUAAAAUCCCCACUGAUACAAUGGGUCUACUUUAGUUGUGACUUACUAUGCUAAGCAACAGGAUUUCAGCCA